CCACAUAAUCAAAGAUCACUGUUUUACUUACAGUAACAGUCCAAAUCAGCACCAUGCCCCUGUGUGUGAAACACAAGUUGGUUGAGGACUUUGAAACUAUUAAAGAAUUCUGGGCAAAAUAUGGAGAAGAUUUACAGCCUGAAGCUGAAAAAUUCAAGCAGAAACCUGAAGUUAUUGAGCAACCAGAUUAUCUGCUUUAUGUUUCUCAGAGAGAAUAUGCAACAAUUGACCUUUGUAAAGGACCUGUGACUAGAAUUGGAAGUGAUGAGGCAACCACCUGCCACAUUAUUGUCCUCCAUUGCCCAGGCACUGGCAAGGUCAGCUUGGCUCACAUUGAUGGCUCUAAAGUGGGUGUCGGAGUGAAAUUUAUGGUUGAAGAGAUGAAAAAACAAUGCAAGGAUUUCUCACAGCACUGGCCCUGGGCUGGAUUCCCUCAGACGGAUCAUCUGUAUGUAAUCUGUAACAGCCUGGACCUCUACAUGGCUGGGGGAUUCAUUGAUGAGAGGGGGAUUUCCCAUGACAACACCAUGAAACUGCUUCGUGAAUUUAUGAAGCAAGACUGCCAAAUUGAACUUCAGCUGGCCUGUGUGUCAGAGAUGAAUGAUGUUGUCAGAGAGGGGAAUCACUGGCCAGUGGUAUCUGGUGUAGGAGUGAAGAUGGAUGGUAACUCUUUUCACAUCUAUCGAGCUACAUUUCCUGAAAAGGUUCCUGAUAUCACUCUGAGAGGAGCAAGACUGACAGUUGAUAUGAUGAUGCGUAGAGUGUACGACACUGAGACGGACAGGCUGAUAGUUGGACCUUACAACUUCUAUGAACAUAUGUUGAAGACUGACGAUGACAGCCGUGAUUUGACAGAUGGGGAGAUAAGAAGGGGUUUUUCAACCUCACCUCUUGUUGAAAGGCCAGAAUUCGUCCAAAUGAUAAAGGACCACUACAAGUAUCUUGCAGACCACUUGAAACUACAAAUAACACCCAGUCUUCCUAUUGGAUAUGUAAUGAACCAUGGAAAAUGGAUUCCAUGCACUAACUAAAUAACACAUUAUAAAAGAAAGUUAGUGACACGACUGCAUUUACUUCCCAAGUCCCUCAACUAAAAGAAUGUUACUAAAAUUCAAAGGGCGAUGGGUCAGUCCACUUAAUGUUAUUGAUCGCAAAAAAUAAAAAAGAAUGUUGAUUUCUUUCCUGCUACAUUUACAAUAAUAAAAAUUUUGAAAAUAA